AUGGAGAAAAUCAUAAGGGCAUCGCACGCUGGUUCAUGGUACACUGACAAUCCUAAAACAUUGACAGAAGAGCUUGAUGGAUGGCUUAGAGCGUCAGGCCUAACUAGUUCUUCUGAUGUUCGAGGAGUUAUUGCUCCUCAUGCAGGUUAUUCAUAUUCUGGCCGUGCAGCAGCCUUUGCAUUUGCGAACAUAGACCCAGCGAACAUUUCUCGGGUGUUUGUUCUUGGUCCAUCUCACCACUAUUACACUCCAAAAUGUGCUCUUUCAAGAGCCACAGUGUACAAGACACCAAUAGGGGACCUACCUAUUGAUCUGGAAGCACUGGAAGAACUAAUAGCUACAGGAAAAUUUGAAUUGAUGGAUCUUCAAGUUGAUGAGGCUGAACAUAGUAUGGAAAUGCAUUUGCCAUAUCUCGCUAAAGUUUUUCAUGGGUACCCGGUAAAAAUCGUACCUAUUUUAGUCAGUGCAGUUAAUGGUGAAAAUGAAGCCAUGUAUGGGAAAAUGCUAGCCAAAUAUGUGGAUGAUCCAAAUAAUUUCUUUUCUGUAUCCUCAGAUUUUUGUCACUGGGGCUCUCGUGCCAUGUUCAAUUACUUGCAUUAUGACAAGAAACAUGGAGCCAUUCACAAAUCUAUUGAAGCAUUGGACAAGAUGGGCAUGGAUAUAAUAGAAACAGGCGAUCCAUAUGCAUUUAAACAGUACCUGUUGGAGUUCAACAACACCAUUUGUGGGCGCCAUCCAAUUAAUGUUUUUCUCCAUAUGCUGGAGAACUGCUUGAUGAAAGCAACAAUCAAGUUCCUUCGGUAUGAGCAAUCAAGUCAAUGCAAAUCCACUAGGGACAGCAGCGUAAGUUAUGCGUCUGCAGUGGCGAAGGUGGAUGCAUAAAAUGAAGAAGAUGGAUGCAUCAAUAAACUAUUGUAUAAAAUUUACUCUCCUU